UAAAAAUUACUUAUGGUAUCACAAAAGACAAAGAAAACUGUAGAUAACAAGCCGAAAGAUAAGGAACAGAGUUCAGAUACAACACCAAAAAGCAAAGAUAAAAGAGCUUCCAAAGUCAUGAACAAGGAAGGUUCCAAGUCCUCCAACGGUGCAACAAAAAGAUCAAAUUCCCAAUCAACUUCCAAAAGCAUAAAAGAGAAGCUGCCUUCGAAUGCUUCUCAAAGUCUCAAGAAGUUCAAGACUCAAGAGCAAGAUGUGCAAGAGGUUGAAGAGCAAUCAGCAAAGUCUAAGGAGUCUAAGAAGUCUCAAAAGUCUAAAGAGUCUAAGAAAUCUCAAAAAUCACAGAAGUCUAAGAAAGGAGAAGAAUCCAAAAAGACAAAGACAGCACAAAAGCCAAACAAGAAAGAAUCCCACAAGAGAAAGAUGACUAAGAAGCAGGAGGAGGAGCAUGAGGAUGAUGACGAAUCCUGCACUCAAAGCUCAGAGCAGAAAUCAGAGAGCAAUGAUCUCGAUGAGAAGUCUGCAUCUUCUUCAGAACAAUCUGCUGAAAAUGAUGAAGAGGAUGAUGAAAAUGAGGCUCAAAGUGGAGCAGGUACUUCUUCAUUUUACAGUAUGAUCAUGAAUUCUGUUGAAAAAGAAACAGUUGCCAAAGCUGGAGAAUGUUCACUCAAAAACCCUCAGAUCAAGGCUCUUCUUAGAAAGCUUAAAGACAAGAACAAGAAGAGAAUCUACAAAGACCUCAUAAAGUCUUUUAACGAAGAUCAGAAAGCCCUACAAGACGCCAUCUUCAGAACCUACGAAGAGGUGUUCCGCUACGGCCUCCCUGACGAAAGCUACCUACACUACAUCGACAUGAAAAUCAACCACAAAGAGACCUAAACAAACGACCCCACUAUAACAAGCACAACCCCAUAAGCACUCAGCAGCAUAAAACAAUCCCUACAC